GGGCUAAAUUGCUCUUCUAUCACGUGUAGCUCCACUUCCUGGGGGCGAUCGUCAUCGAACUCUAUUUCGGACAUCUUCAAGGUCUCCUUGUCCGACAGAUCUCUGUACAACAUUGUACACCUUCGCAUCGGGCAAUAGAAGUUUAUGCGGUACAAUACCGGCCAUUCGUUAAGUUUUCCUUCAUAUAACUUAGAGUGCUGGUCUACUCUUCUGCUCGAAAUUCUGUUUAACUCCCCAAAUACUUAAUUGAUACCUUACCUUUAACUCCUCACAAACCUCAAACUCAAAAUGGACCCCAAACCCCAAAUCCUCAUCAACGGCGCCAGCAUCGCCGGCCCCGUCUUGGCCCACUUCCUCUCCCAAUCCCACAUCUCCAUCACAAUCCUCGAACGCUCCCCCAACCUCCGCACCACCGGCCAACAAGUCGACAUCCGCGGCUCAGGCCUAACCGUAAUCCAACGCAUGGGUCUCGAAGAAGCCGUCCGCUCCCGAACCACCGAAGAAGCAGGUCUCCAAUUCGUGACCGGGAACGGGAAACCCAUCGCCACGUUCCCGGUCGACAAGGAGACCGGCAUGAGUUUCUCGUCCGACAUCGAGAUCUUGAGAGGAGAGCUCGCGAAAGUGAUUUAUGAGAAAACGGUCAAGAGUCCGGAUAUUGAGUAUAUAUUCGGCGACUACGUGACGGCUUUCUCGGAUACGGGGAAGAAAGUGACAGUUACGCUCGCGAGUGGGAAGGAGAGGGAAUUCGACCUUGUGAUAGGAGCUGAUGGCAUGACGUCCAAGACUCGCCGUUUGGCAUUCCCUCGGAUUCAAGACCCGUUGAAACCGCUGGGUCAAUAUAUGGCGUUCUUUACUAUCCCGUACCAGGCCUCGGAUGGGACGUUUGCGCGCUGGUAUAACGCGCCGGGAGGAAGGACGAUCUUGCUACGGCCUGAUAAAGCGGGUUGUACGCGAGCGUACUUCGCUAUUAUGAGUUCCAAACCAGAGGGAUAUGAGAAAAUGAGUGAAGAAGAGCAGAAGAAGAUGUGGAGGAACUUAUUCCAGGACGCGGGGUGGGAAGCAGAGAGAGUUUUGGAGGGAAUGGAGAAGAGUGAAGAUUGGUACAUGCAGGAAAUUGCUCAGAUCAAGAUGCCUACUUGGCACGAGGGCAGAGUUGGGCUGGUUGGGGACGCGGCGUAUUGCCCUUCUCCUAUCUCGGGGAUGGGGACUAGUCUCGCUAUUGUAGGUGCUUAUGUUCUUGCUGGGGAGAUCGUGAAGAAUGGGAAUGGGAGAGACUUUGAAAAGGCGUUUGAGGGGUAUGAGGAGAGGAUGAGAGGGUAUGUGGAUAAAGCGCAGAAGUUACCGCCUGGUGCACCGGGGUUCGCGAAUCCGCAGACGAGAAUAGGUAUUUCGAUCCUGAAUGGGGUGCUGGGGUUUGUGAGUUGGAGUGGGUUGGCGACGUUGUUCAGUAAGUUGUCGUUGGGUGCGACGAAGGAGAGGGAUGAUUUGCCGGAGUAUGCUUUCUGAGUAGGCAGCAGUAUUCUAUUUUCGAGAUACCAGAUGAUGUAUGUUUCUGUGGAGGCAAUCGUGUUAAGUAGUUUAGACAUUAAGUAGGUCAGGUGUUGGAGAUUGGGACAGAUUUCAAGAGCGCUGAAUGUUAGGGCUUCGCCUCGAUCAGCUGAAGUGACUCAGUGUGUACGAGUACAACAUGUCUCGGGAGUAUGGUACCCGCAAUAACGAAUAUACUGUAGUUUGUUUGAG